AGAUUAGAUUUCCGUGUUGAAUUGAAUCCAUUUUUACAACUUCAUGGGCGAUUUUUUCUUUAACCUUGUCCUUUUUCGGAUGCAUAAAUUGACUGUUCCACAAACGUUAUGUGUGAGGCGUCACCAAUCACCAUCUGCUGACAACCUUGCAUGCGUCUGCAGCACAGAGACAACUGGGUUUCAACUUUCAAGCUUUCAUUUUGUGACCCUUCAAAAUCUUCAUUUGUUACUUAAAAGUUAAAACUGUGAAUGAAACCCAAUUCCCAAAUGUCAUCUGCAACGUGAAUCAAGAUAAUGCCCAACCAAACCCCCACGCUACGUGGCACCAUGUAGGCUUCAAAAAUAGCGCAGUACAAACAAAAGAUAAAAGGGCAUUCAAACGAUUCUAUUCUAUUAAUGAGAAAUGUGACAAAACUGUCACCUUCAUUGUUAUUGCGUGAAAUGUGCAAAGCAUUGAGCCAGUCGUCCACCACAACUGAUGAACUUCCCCAAUCCAUAAGUACACAUGUCCUCUCCUCUGUUUGCCAGCCUCACUCACUCUCCGCCUAACCAAACACCGCCCACAAAGCUUCUUCAAGACUGGGAAUUCAUGGCUUCCUUCUCUCAGUCUCAUGCAAGAAAGCCCACAUCUCCGUUACUGGUGUUUCCCUUUGCACUUCUCCUGUUCAUUCUCUCAUCCUCUGCCUAUAGCGACGACAAGCUAUCAGCAUACGAGAUGCUUCAACAAUAUGACUUCCCAAUCGGCCUUCUUCCCAAAGGAGUAACAGGCUACGAGCUAGACAGGGACACCGGCAAUUUCAAGGCGUAUUUCAACGGAACCUGCAGCUUCUCCCUUGAAAACUCGUAUCAGCUCAGGUACAGAUCCACCAUAACUGGUGUUUUGUCCAAAGACAGGCUCAAAAAUUUGAAGGGUGUGAGUGUGAAGGUGCUCUUCUUCUGGAUCGACAUAGUGGAAGUGGUUCGAAAUGGCGAUGAGCUACAAUUCUCCGUGGGGAUUGCUUCAGCCGACUUUUCAAUCGACAACUUUGAGGAGAGCCCGCAGUGUGGCUGUGGAUUUGCUUGUCAACAGUUGGUGAGUAGCGCCGUGCCAUCACAUUCGGUGAGAGCACUUAUGAAGUCUAACUAACUAUAUGCAGCAGAAGUAAGUUAGGCGAGUUGCCGAGGACAGUAAGCCCAUCGCGUGCACCACCUAACUUCGAGUCCCCAUCCCCCUUAGAUUAAAAGAGGGCUUUGCAAAUAGAGCAUUAGAGCGAGCCCUCUCUAUAUAAGAUCUGCUUUGUUGUGUGCAAUUUAUAUAUGUAUCAUGUAUGCACAAACGAAUCAAAUGGAAUAUUCUUUGUUUUGUCUCUCAAA